UCUUAAAUGUGUUGGCAGCCCUCAGCAUACAUCCCCGACAGUGAUAGGAAAAGGGCUUGUGUGGGACUGUGAGGUAUGUGGAGGUCCUCCAGUGUGUUGCUGUGACUGUGUGUGUCACAGGAAUUGUUUGAUUUGUGUGGGUGUCUGUGGCAGGCCAUGUGGUACUGUACUGUGUGUGUGUGUGCAGUUAUAUAUAUGGUGGGUGUUGGGCACCUGUCUGAAUGAACAAUCCUAUCUCUUUCAUCACAAGGCUGGCACCCAGCUCAGUCCCAACAGACACUUGGUCCAUGUUGGUGGGACGGACAAAUGCUGUGCCAUGGUGUGUGGAGCAAGUUAUGUGGAUGGGGCACUGGACCCAGAGUGCCUUCCCUCAUCUCCCUAGGCCUCAAUUUCCACACCUGUGCCAUGGGGGUGACCAUCCCUGCCCUGCUGGCCAUCAGGAGCAGCUGCCUGGCCUUCACCAUGGCGGGAGGGGGACCUCAGCUGAAGAGGAGCUUCUCCAUUAUUCCCUGCUUUGUAUUUGUGGAGUCAGUGCUGCUGGGAGUUGUAGUUCUGCUUGCUUACCGCCUGGAGUUCACAGACACCUUCCCGGUGCACACCCAAGGAUUCUUCUGCUAUGACAGCACCUACGCCAAACCCUACCCUGGACCUGAGGCUGCCAGCCGAGCACCUCCUGCACUCAUCUAUGCCCUGGUCACUGCUGGACCUACCCUCACGAUUCUGCUGGCCGAGCUGGCGCGUGCCUUUUUCCCUGCACCACCCUCAGCCAUCCCUAUUAUCCGGGAGAGCACUAUCGUGUCUGGGGCCUGCUGCCGCUUCAGUCCCCCACUCCGGAGGCUAGUUCGCUUCCUAGGGGUCUACUCCUUUGGCCUCUUCACUACGACCAUCUUCGCCAAUGCUGGGCAGGUGGUGACCGGCAACCCCACGCCACACUUCCUGUCUGUGUGCCGCCCCAACUACACGGCACUGGGUUGCCUGCCACCCACACCUGAACGACUGGGUCCCGACCACUUCGUUACUGAUCAGGGUGCCUGCGCCGGCAGCCCCAGCCUGGUGGCCGCUGCGCGCCGAGCCUUCCCCUGCAAGGAUGCGGCCCUUUGUGCCUACGCAGUUACCUACACAGCGAUGUACGUGACACUCGUAUUCCGGGUGAAGGGUUCCCGUCUGGUCAAACCAUCACUCUGCCUGGCCCUGCUGUGCCCUGCCUUCCUGGUGGGUGUGGUCCGAGUGGCUGAGUAUCGGAAUCACUGGUCAGACGUGCUGGCUGGUUUCCUGACUGGGUCGGCCAUCGCAACCUUUCUGGUUACCUGUGUUGUUCACAACUUCCAGAGUCGGCCACCUUCUGGUCGAAGGCUCCCCACCUGGGAGGAUCUGGGCCAAACCCCCGCCAUGGAUAACCCCCUCGAAAAGUUAAGUGUGGCCCAGGAACCCGAGGCCUGCAGGCCGCAUUCGACACCGGCACGGCUCACCCCAUCCAAGCCGCAGAACUGCGCCCGCCGUGGCCACCUGAUUCCCAGCUGCGUGUCCUCCAGGGCUCCAGCCAUGUGUUCAUCACCCCGUGUGCCCCGCCCUCGACUGAGGUCUGAGCCGACGCCCCUGCCACUGCCUGUGCCCCUGCCUGCACCAACCCCCAGUCAGGGCCCCUCGCCCUCCUCCCCUGGACCUGGGGGGCCGGGCGGGGGAGGCAGUGGACGUGGCCGGAAGUUGCUGCUGCCCACGCCACUGCUGCGGGACCUAUACACCCUUAGUGGACUCUACCCCUCUCCAUUCCACCGGGACAACUUCAGCCCUUACCUGUUUGCCAGUCGUGACCACCUGCUGUGAAGCCUACCCCCCCCACCCAGAACCUGCCCUGUCCCCAUUUCUUCCCUACCACACAUGUGUGUGCACAUGCCACGUGAGUGCCAAAGCUCCCUGUCCCCAAACCAGCCAGGCUCCAAGAUCAGAAGAUGGCUGAAAGGACAUGGAGCACACCCUGCCUCACUUGUCCUCUGGGACAUCCAAAUGGGUAUAACUGGGAGAUGGACCGUUGCCCCAGGAGUUCCCUUUUAAGGGCCAUAUCUUGACCCCAUCGGUCAUUGGCCAGCCAACAGAAGACCCCAUUUCUCAGAAUUCUGACCAGAGGAGUUUACUCUAGCCAACCAAUGUUUCCCCUCACUUCCUAGGACCCUCAGACAAGUGGGCAACUUCAGCCAGUAUUUAGUGUUGAAUAGCCAACAGGCGCCUUGGUUUUCAGAAUUUCUAGGGUGGGUGGGUAUGAUUCCAGUCAAUGGGGGACCACCCAUGUCUAGGCAUAUGCAGAAGAAGGGAGGGAAAUCGGGUUAUCCUAUGUCAGUAGGUCCUCUCUCCUCAUAUUCAGAGUCUAGCUAAAGUGGGGGUGUAGGUUCCCCUGUGGAAGGGUCAUUAUAGAUCCCCCUAUGCUUCUCAGCCCCUCCCCUAUGUACAACCUUAACUCCUUAAUCCCUGCUUAUGCAGGAUUUGCCCCAGUUUAUAGGUUUUGGGGUCCAGGGUGCUGUCUCCCCUUGCCUGUGCCCCGGUUAAACCAAAUCCUUAUUUAUGAGGGCUGUGAAAGGACAUUUUUCUUGGAACCCACCCCUGUUCUUAACACUGGCCCCCCAUGCCUCAGCCUCAUGCAGAUGUUCCAUCAUGGGGAGCAUGGGUGGGGCAAAGAGGGCUCUCCCAUCCUGGGCAGCCAAAGGCAGUGGACAGAGGAGACACUGCCCUCCUUCCUUGCCCCUCCUCAUCUUUAAUAAAGACCUGUUUGUAACAGAAGUUUGG